CCGAACCAAAACCGAAACCGAACCGCCUCGUCCGCUGCCCACGGGACGACAGCGGCGGGAGGGCGGCCGGGCGGCGCUGCCGGACGGGGACGGGAAAGCGACGGGGGGCUAUGGAGCGCGCCGGACGGAUCACCGACAGCUUCCCGCGGCGGCACCGCGCGCAGACACGCGCCGGCGGCAAAGAGCGGAGCGGAGCGCGGCGGCGGCGCGGCGGAGAGGGGCGCCACCGGGUGGUCCCGCCGGCCCCGGCCCCGCCGACCCCGGCCCCGCCGACACCCCCCCACCCCGCGCAGGACGACGCCCGGGACCCCUCUGCCCCGCCGCGCGAGGCCCCGCGAGAGCUGCUGGAGAUGUUGCGCCGCUUCGAUCUGGCCUGGGAGUACGGGCCGUGCAGCGGCAUCACCCGGCUGCAGCGCUGGGAGCGGGCGCGGGCGCUGGGACUCAACCCGCCGGCCACGAUCCGCGACGCCCUCCUGGAGCACCGCGACGACCCUGCGGUCACGUACAGCCUGUGGCACGAGUACGGUCUGUGAGCGGACGGCAAGACGGCGGCUCCGGUACGACGCCGAGGUCCCGGUACGCAGCGCCGCAGCCCGGGCGGCCGCUGCUGGGUGAAUAAAGCAGUGAGUGCGCUAAUUGCGUUAAUUGCUCGAGCCGAGGCCGGCGCCUGGUUCCCACGGCAACUGGGGAAGGCGCCCGCCUGCGUCGCUCGUAAGAUGGCGCCGCGGCGCCGCGACUACAUUUCCCGUCGUGCCCCGCAAACGACAGAGCGGGGCGGGCCCGGUGGCGGCGCGCACGGCCUGCUGGGAAUUGUAGUGUGCGGCGG